CUGUCCCUCUGCCCCCGAUCUGAAAUCGCCCCCGGCCGCCUCCCACCUGCCUCCGUGCACCCGUGCCUCGCCGCUUAAUCGCCGUCGACGCCUCCCGCCUGGAUCCGUGCCUCGCCCUGCCUUUCCCUUCCCCGCACGCUGGACGCGCCGUUCCACCGCGCCCAGUCCUGCCCGGCGGCCGCCGGUGUUCAGGCGUGCACCUUGGCCUUGCCCUGCGCUACAGCAGCUAGCCCUCCCACCGGCCCACGACUAAACACUGCACACAUGAUACAGUGACUGCUAGAGUGUAAUCUUUUCUUGUGUAAUUGUUGAAGCAUUGGUGGACCGCCCUGUUUUAAACUCCUAGAUCCACCACCGUCUCAAGCAGCAGGCAGUCAGCAGCCAGCAGCGAGGCACGGAGGCAGGCAGGCCGGUGGCAGCUCGCCAGUUUAUAUCUCCACUACGUGUUCACAGCUUUUCCUUCGCGUCGCCGUCCAUCCGACCGCUCCACAAGCCCGCGCUUCAGCGGAGAUGCAGAGGCCUGUUGAUUUCAAGCUCCCUCACUUUUUCGACUACCCGCCCUACUUCACUUUGCAGCCUGUGAGAGAAACACGUGAAAAGCAAGUGCAGCUAUGGAAAGAUCUGAUACUUGAUUACUGUAGAAGUCAAAAGAUGUAUAUAAUCUCCCUGGAAGAAGAUUUUCCGUUGUUCUCCAAUCCAAAGAUUGAGAGAUCUCUAAGCUAUGAAGCAAAGGAAGCGUUCCUUGCAGCUCUUGUUAGUGAAGGCCGUGCAGAGUGGGUUGACAAAGGUCACAAGAAGUGUCUCAUCCUUUGGCUGCGGAUUCAAGAUUGGGCUAACUACAUAUUAGACUUUGUCAAGGAAAAUGGGUUGGAAGUAACAACAAUUGAAGAUAUACGCUCUGGAAUUGAAACACAUGGGACCGAACUUGCGGGAAUUGAUCGCGGUGUCCUGAUGCGAGCUUUGAGGCUGCUGGAACAAAAGGGAAAGGCGGUUAUCUUUAAGGGCACUUCAGCGGACGAUGAAGGCGUCAAAUUUUCUGUUUAAACGUUGUGCCAACUGACAGAUGGAUAAUAAUCUUGAUGGGUGUCCUUGAACAUGAUACAUCCUCUCUUACCCGUAUGUACAUACACUGAUGACAUCCUUCUGGUCGGAAUCGUUCAAAUGCCAGCCAGUAUUUUAUUUGCCGUCCCGGACUGUGGUAAUUAGCCAGCAUUUGAUUCAUCUGUUGAGCAGCAUAUAUACCUAUAAAGUCGUA